AUUGAGAGCAGGAUGGCUCGCUCCCCGCCCUCUUUGCAGAGCCUAUUACGGUUUUUGAAGCAGGCGCGUCAGACACACCUAAGUUUCAUUUCUGGAGCGUUGUCAACCGCCUCGCGGACAGAGACUCCCAUCUACGUGGUGGGAAAUCCUUCUGCCGAUCUUGACUCCGCCAUCUCCGUCAUUGUCUACUCUUACUUUGCUCAUAAUCGCAUCCCAAUUGACUGCCCUCGACCUCAUAUUCCCCUGAUAAAUUUACCAAAUGUUCCCUCUGGUCCAGAACUGCGCAGACUCCGUCCAGAGUUCGUAAAGGCUUUCUGCCUCGCUACUACAACCCCCUCAGUUGAGGGAGAGGACGUAUGGGAUGAGACCCCCGAAUCAGCAGGGAGGGUCCUCCACGAACACGUUCUCACCGUUGCAGACUUUGCAGCCCAUCUAAGGCAAUACCAUGCUGAGCUCACGGACCAUCGGAUGACCGCAGAUGCCACACUCCUGGAUUGGAACGCACUACCCCACCGAGCGCCCGACGGCCAACGGGGAAAGGGAUCGAUAGAUGGUUUGCCCUCCGUUGACUUCUGCACGGUGGGCUGCAUCGACCACCACGUGGUCGAAGGCUUCCUCCCGCCCGCAGAGUCCCUCCCGCGCGGUCAGCCGCUGCUUGUGCGGCCCGCGGGCUCCUGUACUUCGCUUGUGGUCUUGACACUGCGAGAGCUGGACCUCUGGCAGGCUAACACUGAAGACAACGCCACCUCUACUGAGACGAUGCAGCUCACCAAGCUCGCCCUAGCUCCUAUUCUCAUUGAUACGACCAAUCUCACGGCCAAGGACAAAGUCACCGACGCCGAUACAGACGCAGUACACUUCCUGCUCUCCCAAAUUGACCAGUGCAAGUACACACGCGGCUCAAGCUGGGACCGGGACGCCUUCUACAAGCAGAUUCUCCACGCAAAGCAAAACAGCCUCGAGUUACUCACCGUAGAUGAGAUCCUCGGCCGAGACUACAAGCAAUGGACCGAGACGGCCCGCCAGGACUCCAGUUCCAUUCAGAUCGGCUUCUGCUCGAUGGUCAAGUCAAUUCCGUGGAUUGUGCGGAAAGCGGGCAGCCCGGAGGCGUUCCUGGAUGCCCUGCAGGCAUUUGCAAAGCGCCGCGAACUAGGGAUCGUGGUGGUCAUGACGGCGUUUACCUCCACUCAGGACGGCAGGUUCUGUCGCGAGUUGGUUGCCUGUGCUCUACACGAUGGGGCGGCGGUUCAGGCGCUGGAGGUGUUUACUGCGCAGGCCAGCUCGCAGUUGGGGUUGCAGGAAUGGAACUCGGUCGAGGAUGACUCUGAGGAUUAUUCGCAGGCUAUCAGGUCUGCUUUUAACAGCGAUGCCCCGGUAUGGAGGCGUAUCUGGCUUCAGAAUGAUGUGACCAAAAGCAGGAAACAGGUCGCUCCGUUGGUGAGAGGUGCCGCUACAAGUCAAUAAGAGAUUCCAUGAGUCUGGAAUUUGCAUCCAUGGCAAGGUUCUUGAUGGCAGUUGGCCACCUUGUCCGUCGAAUGUUGAAUGUCUUAUUUCACACAAUGAUCAAUUCCCAAGGUCUCAAAGGUCUGCACAUGCAAAGAGGAAAUCUAUGAUUUGGCUUGCCGCGCCUGCGACAAGCAUGCUCAAUUCAAAUUCACACAACAUGAUGGAUGCACAUACAGAAUGAUAAAGAAAAAAGAGGUCUUACAUGCCAACACCGCUCCCCAUGACCGUUGUCCUAUUAACUCCGAACACAGAAACGCAAGUACGUUUACAUCAGUAGUCCCAUCAAAAGAAUGGAAAUGUAGAAGAAAAUGAAAAACCAGAUGC